AUGUCGCACACCAGUGAGAUUAUCGAUCAAUCCCGAUCCCACGAUGCCGAAAAGGUCGUGGAAACCUCGCCCAACGAACGUUAUGUACGACUCAACACACUUCUUGGCAAAGGUGCUUACAAAGUCGUUUACAAGGCGAUUGAUCGGGAAGAAGGCUAUGAAGUCGCAUGGAAUACCAUGCAGACGAUGCAAUCACCGGACAACAAAGAAAUGGAACAUGAGAUUGAAAUCCUCAAGUCUGUGCGACAUCCUAAUAUCAUUGCUUUCCAUGAUGCCUGGUAUCAGAAGAACGAGUUUGUUUUUAUCACGGAAUUGAUGACCUCGGGAACACUACGUGAAUAUAUCCGGAAACUAAGCUUGCCCAAUAUCAAGAUCGUGAAACGCUGGUCCCGUCAAAUCUUGAAAGGUCUCGCUUACCUUCACGGCUAUAACCCACCCAUUAUUCAUCGCGAUAUCAAAUGCGACAACAUCUUUAUCAACGGUGCCCAUGGUGAAGUCAAGAUUGGUGAUAUGGGCACUGCCGAAAUGAAAAUGGGCAAAAAAUACACCAUUAUUGGUACCCCGGAAUUCAUGGCUCCCGAAAUGUAUGAAGAGCAAGGUUACAACGAAAAGGUCGAUAUCUACGCCUUUGGCAUGUGUUUGCUCGAAAUGGUGACGGGAGAAUAUCCUUACGGCGAAUGCCGAAAUGCCGCCCAAAUCUAUAAGAAAGUUUCAGCUGGUAUUAAACCUGCAUCUCUUCAAAGAGUCCAGAGUCCCGAAGUUUUGACCGUGAUCGAAAACUGUCUAGGCCCUGAGGAUGAAAGAAUGUCUGCUCAGGAAAUUCUUGAACAUUCCUUUUUGGCGGUGGAGCCUGAUGUCGUUCUUUUAGCGGCCGAUCCUGCUCACGUCCACUUGACUUUGCAGGUCGUCUUUAAAGGAAUGGAUAAACUGUCUGUCAAAUUCGACUUUAAUGUGGAAACCGAUACAGCUGAACAAGUCGUUCGAGAAAUGAUCGAGGAGCAAGUGCUACCCGAAAGAUAUCAACAUCAUAUUACCAAAGAAAUCAAUCGAAUUCUUCGCGAUAUCGAGAAACCCACUGAAUCCGAGCAAGCAGAACAAGUGCGGCAAUCGGUGUGGCGACGUGAAAGUGAUAUAAGGUCUGAAUUGGAAAGGACUCGACAGGAAUUGGAGCGUGCCGCCGAACACGUUCUUGAAGUGGAAAACAAGUGUGAUGGAUAUGAAUCCCGUGCGCGUGCAGCAGAGAGCCGGUAUCGAGAUGCUUUGCGCAAUUUAAAGGAAAUGCAGGAUGCGAGUGGCGUUCACUUGCCUGAUCUUCACGAAUCACACAAAGUAACCUCUUCUCCACAUCCUUCGUCCACACCGACCGUUCCCCUUUCCAACGCUGGGUCUCCUCCACCUCCGCCUCCACCACACCAUCAUCAUCCCCGUCCUGACGAUCUGAAUGUGGAUACUUCCUUAAAGCAUGCCGUCGCAGACGACCCAGUUCGCAUGUCCGAACCCACCACAGCUGUUGAACCCGAAUCGGCACGAAAACUGGAGGAUACGAUGUCACCUGCGGCGCGUGAUGCUUUGAUGUCCCGUAUUUUGGAAGGUAAAAAAAAAAAAUAG